UUGUGGAGAACCGGAAGCAGCAGGUUAAAAAAGGGAUCCUAAAGAUAACACAAGAGGGAGGGUUGCUGAUUAGUUUGUCUGCUGAAUUAAGAACAUUAUCGUGCUUAAUGGUUAAGUAAAAAUAAAGAUGGCACUGACCCAGGAUGCGGUUUUAUUAUUUUUAAUGUCGCGCGGAGGAAAAGUGACGAACCCGGAGCUUGUGAGCGCGUUCACGACGCACAUCAACUGCAGCGAGCCAGAGGAAAGAAGACGCAACAGGGAUCUGUUUAAGAGUUUCAUCAACAACGUGGCUGUAGUUAAACGGGUCGAUGAUGUCAAAUACGUCGUCGUGAAGAAGAAAUACCAAGAGAUGUUCAAUGCAGGAAAGUCCUCUAUAGCAUCAUCAUCAUCUCCAUCCUCCUCCUCCACCUCAUCAUCAUCAUGCAUAACACAACAAAGAUGUUUUUCCAAAUGUGACUCCGUCUCGAUAACCAGUGCAGACGUUUUAAAUAACAAUUCCUGCUUUUGCACAAGUCCACAGGGCUGCUAUAUUCCCAAUUCUAAAGAUUUUGUGACAAAACAAAAGUUUCAGAUUAGAUCACCUGAAAGUGAUGCUGUGAUUGCUACAGUCACCAAGUCCAACCAGGAGGAAUCUUUGUCAGCUUGUGUGCGUAAUGUAGCUAAUAAUACCAGAAAGGGCCAAACGGGAGCUGUUUUUGCUGUUGUGGCUAUAAAAUCACCACCUAGUUCACAAGCUGAGAAGAUUAAACUCAACCACAGAAUACGUGUGUGUCAGCAGGGAGUCGAGAUACCACAACAGCAAGCGUUCAAAACUCUGAAAGCUGGAAACAGUUCACCAUACCUGAUUCAUGAAUCUGAUCUAAACAAAUCACCAAGAAUAAAAAGGAGACAGACUGCGGUGCCUAGUUCACCAGCACCGAAAAGGGGAAACAAAGCUGAUAAACCCGGUUUCAUUGGAAAGAAAAGAGAACCAAGAGAACACGAGUGGUUUGUAAAGUCAGCAACGGGAUGCUGGAGUCAAAUCUAUAACCUCUUGCUGGAGGAUGCACACCUGGCAGAUAAGAGAAACUUCAUAUCUGGCUUCACAGUACUUCACUGGGCCGCCAAACAUGGAAACAGCAAAAUGGUGCGUAAAAUCCUUGAUGUUGGUAAGAAAGUUGAUGUGAACAUCAAGAGCCAUGAUGGUUACACACCUCUACAUGUUGCUGCCAUUCACAGCCACGUAUCAGUCUUAAAUUUACUGGUGCGCCAGUAUGGUGCCAGCUGCAACGUACGUGACAACAGUGGCAAAAAGGCAUAUCAGUACUUACACAAGGACCUGUCAGCUGAGGUCAGGGAGCUGCUCGGAGACCCUGCUGUUUCGUGUCAGGACGCAGAACACAUGUAUUCAGAUAAUCAGCACUUUUCAGAUAUGUCUAAAAACCAUAAUACAUUCAGUAAACUAUUUCAAGCAGGUAUGGGACACAGGAAGAAAUCCAGACAUCAAUCAAGCUUCCGUUUAAUCAGAGAUGAACAGGAAGAGAAGAACAAAGACUGUACAUAGGUCACGAACACUAAUGAGGUACCCAGAUUUGAGUUUAUGCUCAUGAAUGUGCUUUCUUAAUUUAAUUCAUAGUGAUAUUUAGCUUUAUACCACAGCACUGUUUCCUGAAUGAACCUAAACUCAGAUUAGUGUCUCUGUGGAGUUUUGUAUGUUCCUCCCCUUUCUGUGUGGAUUUCCUCCAAGGAUCUUCAGUUUCCUCCCACCUCUUAAAAACAUGCAAGUAGGUUGAUUUGCGACUUGGUGUCUUUCCCCAUCAUUCCACAGUGUUCCUGGGAUAGAACUGGAAUGGCUGAUGAAGUUGACAACAGCAAAUGAUGAUCUAUUAAACUAAAGUAUUUUCCACUAACAUAAAUGAACUUCCCUGUAAAAAGCUGAUGCACUUGAACAGAUACCAUAUGUUUUGUUAAUUAACUGAUAUUUAUUAAUAUAGUUAAAAUAGUGAUAUUUUGUUUAGGUGUUUAACCAAAUUAAUUGUUAAAAAACAAAUGACUAAUUUGUUUAUAGACUUUUCAGACACUAAACACUGUUGACUUAUAAUCGAUUUUUUAUUUUAUGUCUUGGGUAAAUGCCUUUAUUUAUUUUUAAAUGUAACUUAAGCAUUAGCCUUAACUAUUUGUUAUCAUCCACACAAAUUACUUUACACAUACAUGCAUCAUUUUCACAAAACGAUGCGAGAAUCCUAUACUUUUGGUGAGAUUUAAAAAUCACACGUAGAUUUCAUUUCAGAUAUUGCACCAUAGUCUUGUUUAUAUCAUGACAUGAAAGUGUGACAAUUUCUCAUUAUAGCGUUAUUAUAGAAAAUAUGAGCUAUGUGCACCUGUCUGUGACUCUGAAUGUGUUUGUAGACAAAUUAAGAAAAACAUUUUUUUCAGUGUCUGUGUGUGUGAAAGUGCAAAAAUGUCAAGGAGUAAUUUUUAUCUGUAAGUUUUUCCUCUGUGUACUGAAAUGUUUUAGGCUAUAUGGAGGUAUGUGGGAACGUGGCUCAGAUGAUCAAGGGACACCCAAGAAGCCACUGUUGGGCCUUUAGAUAAUAUUGUAAAUUGUAAUUAAUUUUGGAUAAAGGCAUCAUAUGAAUA